UGUGGAGCAGAGUGCGGCCGGAACUCCUUUUUUGACAAAGCUUGUUUCUCUAGUUUUAGUAUUUCUCUGGCCAAUUGAUCAAUUGGUUUUCUCAGGCAAAAGGAGCCUUGCCAGGCGGGGUGAGGGAAUUGGGAUGCAGGUGGCCCUACCUGAAGAAAGGACAGGGUCCUUGGCGCAAGUGCUGCUGACCUGUUAAGAACUCUUUCCUGGUAGUCAAAUUUAACCACAUUUGUAGAAGAUGCCUUCUGCAUCCUGUGAAAUGCUACUGGAUGACAUAGAAGAUAUUGUGUCACAGGAAGAUUCAAAGCCACAAGAUAGACAUUUUGCAAGAAGGCAUGUUGUUCCAAAGGUUCGAAGAAGAAAUACCCAAACAUAUUUGCAAGAGGAAAGCAGCCCACCAAGUGAUAGCACUAUUCCAGGCAUACAGAAAAUUUGGAUACGAACAUGGGGUUGUUCACAUAAUAAUUCAGAUGGAGAAUAUAUGGCUGGACAGCUAGCUGCUUAUGGCUAUACAAUUACAGAAAACCCAUCUGAAGCAGAUUUAUGGCUUCUGAACAGUUGUACUGUAAAAAACCCAGCUGAAGACCACUUUAGAAACUCAAUUAAAAAAGCUCAAGAGGAAAACAAGAAAGUAGUGCUGGCCGGGUGUGUCCCUCAAGCCCAGCCUCGUCAGGAUUACCUCAAGGGACUGAGUAUCAUUGGGGUUCAACAGAUAGAUCGUGUGGUAGAAGUUGUAGAAGAGACAAUUAAAGGUCACUCUGUGCGACUGCUGGGUCAGAAGAAGGAUAAUGGAAAGCGGUUGGGGGGAGCACCGUUGGAUUUGCCAAAGAUUAGGAAGAAUCCACUGAUCGAAAUCAUUUCCAUCAAUACUGGGUGUCUCAAUGCUUGUGUCUACUGCAAAACUAAACAUGCCAGAGGGAAUUUGGCCAGUUAUCCCAUUGAAGAACUAGUGGAUAGAGCCAAACAGUCUUUCCAAGAGGGUGUUUGUGAGAUAUGGCUGACCAGUGAAGACACGGGGGCCUAUGGCAGAGACAUUGGCACCAGUCUUCCCACGCUCCUGUGGAAGCUAGUGGAAGUGAUUCCCGAGGGAGCAAUGCUGAGGCUUGGCAUGACAAAUCCACCCUAUAUCUUAGAGCAUCUGGAGGAAAUGGCGAAAAUCCUCAAUCACCGCCGAGUCUAUGCUUUCCUGCACAUCCCAGUCCAGUCUGCCUCUGACAGUGUGCUCAUGGGAAUGAAGAGAGAAUACUGUGUGGCUGACUUCAAAAGAGUAGUGGAUUUUCUGAAAGAGAAAGUUCCUGGAAUAACUAUUGCUACAGAUAUUAUCUGUGGUUUUCCUGGAGAAACAGAUCAGGAUUUUCAAGAAACGGUGAAACUCGUUGAAGAGUACAAAUUUCCAAGCCUCUUCAUUAACCAGUUUUACCCAAGACCAGGAACUCCUGCUGCAAAAAUGGAACAAGUUCCAACACAAGUGAAAAAGCAGAGGACAAAAGAUCUGUCUCGGCUAUUUCAUUCUUAUAAUCCUUAUGAUCACAAGAUUGGUGAAAAACAAAAAGUGUUAGUAACAGAAGAAUCUUUUGAUUCCAAGUUUUAUGUUGCACACAAUCGAUUUUAUGAGCAGGUUUUAGUGCCAAAGAACCCUUCAUUCAUGGGGAAAAUGGUCGAGGUGGACAUUUAUGAAUCAGGAAAACAUUUUAUGAAAGGGCUGCCAGUAUCGGACGCCAAAGUACACACGCCUUCCAUCAGCAAACCAUUAGCAAAGGGAGAAGUCUCAGGUUUAACAAAGGAAUUCAGAAACAGGCUUGGGAUUCCCCCGAAUCUGAUGACAUCCCACACCCCUGCUGCAACUCUGCGUGACUCAGUGAGUUCCCGGAUGGGGCUGCAAAUGCAAAGCCUGCAUCGAGACUGUGUGCUCAGGCUAGCUGUGGGCCUGGCUCUGGUGGCUCUGCUUUUCACCAUUUUUGCCAAAGUCUGUAAUUAGCAUACAAUGGAAUGAAGCAUCUGUGAAGAAUCCAUUUCUAAUUAAAACCUUCAGUGAACAGGAAAGUGACCACGUCAGUUCUAGAAGGGCAGCAAUGGGUACUUGCUGCGCUGCCUUCUCUUCUGCCCAUUCGUAAUGAGGCUCACCCCGUCUCACACUGAGUUGAGCCCAUUGGCUAUUUGACCCAAAACUGAAUCGCAUCUGGCAUAGCGUAUCUUUCAAAUUAAACUUCUUUGGCUUAUUUUUAGCAAGUAAUGCAAGUGGUUGCAUUUUUAAAAUCUCUACUCUUCAAGUCCAAACCGAACCAACUGUGCAGCAGUACUAGUCAUCUUCGCCUUACGUGGAAGAGCCCUUGAUCCUUAGAAAACAUUUUAAGGCAAGUCUUCUUCACACUUUGUUUGGAGUCCCAGUGCCACAAACAUCUUUUUCACAGCAGAUGUGUUCCUGAAAAGUAUACAUGGAAGCCUGUUUUUGCAACCUGAAUCUUUUUGGAAUGUGCAGAAGAGUCUAGCACUUCAUGGACCACUGGCAGCAUUCUCCAAAACACGAGGAAUCACCCACUUCUAUAGCACCACAAACUUUGAAAAGCUAGAUUUGUCAAAGUCAAACUGCCCCUUUUUCUGGCAUCUUUGAUCAGUCAGAUCACAUUUUGAUUUCUACCUGACAACAUUAGUCUUUAUUUACUAAGUGAAAUGACUUCUUUCACAAUAAAAGGACUUGAAGUAAUAAGUAAACCAUUUGUCUGUCCAAAUUUAAGUAAGUCACUUGGAUUGUAUGGGCACAGGUAAAUCAAGUGCCUUGUGGUCACCAUGGGUUGUUUGAAUCUCUAAACCCUUGCCCUCAUUCUGCUCUUCCUUUUCUGUGUCCUCUAAGGAGCACAAAUUAAAGUUUAAUUAUGUCAUCAGUGAGUGAAUUAAAAAAAUGUACACAUGCAUGCAUACACUGUAGGGUUAGUACAGUUCUGCCAAAGCUGCUCUGUGCUUUGAGGAGAAGCCCGCACUUAAGGCAGAAAGCUUUGCCGCACCCGAGUCCACCGAGAGCACAGCACACCUCAGCAGGAAUGGGGGCGCGGGAGAGCAGAAGAUAGGAGCCUGCCACCUACUUCUGCUCUGGAACUCUAUAUGUGAUUCUUUCUUUGCUAAUAAACAGUGGGUCCCAGCGUGGAACUCACUGAACAGAGUGAGUCUAGCCGUGAUCCAGAUACACGGAAAGCCCAGAGUCACACUGUGUGGGCCAUAAGAAAUGCUUUAGGCCUGUAGCUAGCUGGAGACAGGUACAGUCUUUUGUUUUGCUUUCUACUUCACUCUUCUCACUCCCUGCCCCCGUCUAGCUAUGUGCUUUCCCCUCCUCCACUCCCCUCCCUCCCUCCCUUUCUUAUAAGACAAUGAUAUACCAUUUAUCAGCCCUACUGCCCCCGAUGACCUGGCAUUGAUCAUCGAGCACUGUUUCUGGUGCCCAAGAUUCUCCCCACCUCAUGACAACCCGUGACUUGCUCUGCUAGGCUGCAGCUCCUCUCUGUUGUUUUGUCCAAAAAAGAACCUGUCCUGCAGCAGGGCCUGGAGAACACCCAGUGUCAGUCACCGUAUUGGUGACCAAAUGGCAAGGGUGAUGACAAACUUUUUCUUAAACUGUUAGGGUAAAAUGUACCUUAAUCACAAGGGUUUUUGAAAAGUGAGGACAUACUGUGAGCCAGCACCAGAAGCCUCCUCAUGUACCUUCCCGGCUCUUAAUUCUGCCUCCUCAGAAGCGCUCCCCUUCUCUCCAACAGUGAAGCCUGGUGUGCGUUUACACAGAGGGCCUCGUACAGCCCGCUCUCAGACUGCCAGCCUCUGCUCAACACCGAUGUGGAAUGCAUCGGCACUCACUGCCGUGUGCAGCAGUGACUCUCUGGUGUUCGCUGCUGCACAGUAUGUAUUCUGUGGUCUGAGAUACCACCUGGGAUUUAUUCAUUCUACACUUGAGUUGUAUCCAGUUUGGGGGUGCUGUUGUGCUUCAUGCUGCUGCGCAUCUGUUUUAGAACACAGGUAUUUGAGUGCUGACCAUAUACCUAGGCAUUGCAUUGCUGGGUCACUGCAUCUGCAUAUGCUGGGCUUUCUGGAGCGCUUGUGCCAGUCUGCACACUGCCCGCUGCUGACGUGAACCCUGCCAUUCUCCUCACUCUUCCUCUCUCUACCUUUGAUAUUCUUCAGCAGCUGUCUCUGCUGGCUAUUUUAAUAAUAAUAGCCAUUAAUUAUCUGGCUGUAAAGUCCUAGAUGUAUAAUAUGCACUGUAGAGGUGCUGAUCAGUCCUGAAGAAACAACUUUGGGAUGUUUUCUUCCCGUUUGAAUGAGGAAAAAACAUGCAAACUCACAAGAUGAAUUUGCGCAGGGGACUCAGAGCUACCAAGAAGAACUUGAAUGCAGCCUGACUCCAAAGCCUGAACUGUGAAACCUUCCUGCACCCUCAGCCUGAGUGUGACCUAAACUUGGUCUGUGUCAGCAGAUAGGUGGCCAGGAUCGACUGUGUGGAUGCGGGGGUCUGGAGGAGCCGCUUUUCGCUCAGUAUUGUCUUGCUCCAAGAAUGUGCGUGGUGCUUGACGAACAUUUUAAAUAAAUGAGUCAGGUGUUUUUUUCUUUUCUCAUUCCUCCUUCCUUUCUUUGCUUCCUUCUAUCUGCUUCACCGAGUACAAAAUAUUCAAUUUGAGAAUGUAAAGAAAUCUCUGGCAAAAACUGUACAGUGGGUAAAAUGUGUCUGAACAUCAGAUUUCCAUAUGUAAAUAUCAUUCAUAAAUAUCAUAUACCAUGUGUAUUGACUUCACUCCAGGUUGAAAUUUCAGCAUGUGUUAUGAAAUGUCAUGGUUGGAACAUUCCAGUUAUGAACGAAGCUUCAGGAGGGUUUUGUUCACAAAAAAACAGAAGAGUGUGUGAGGGAAGAAAGUGGGGGAGAAAAGGAAAUUAUUUCAGGUUUUCAACAACAACAAAAAAGUACAAGAUACAGAACCCAUUUCAUGUCUAUGUAUAUCAAAGCAUCAUGUGGCAUAGAAUAUACACAAUAAAUAUGAAUAUGCAUACAUAAAAGGCACCCAGAGUGCUGCAGUGUACUCACGGGAGUACCCUGCGAUAGUUAAAUUUUGAAGGAAACACUGAUCUGUCCGAUGCCACACAAACUACUAGUUCAAAAUAAUAGUUCAGUUUCAAAACUCCUUAUCUUAUAAAACAGAUUUUGGGCCGGGAUUUAGCUCGGUGGUGCCGCUGCUUGCCUCGCAAGCACAAGGUCCCAAGUUCAAUCCCUGGUACCAAAAAAAUUAAAAAAACAAAACACUGAGGUUUGGGUAGUUGCUAUGGUAAAAAGCAAGUAUAAAGUGAAAAAACAGUGUGGAACAAGAAAUGAACAUAGUGAUUAUCUUCCAACAGAUGCACAUAUGCCGUUAAUGAC